AUGUUCCUCGAGUUCGUCGAAGAUCUAGAUAACCCUGCGAAAGGAUCGUCAUCGGUGGGUGACAAUUCGGGUAUUGCUCAACCAUCUGUGACUCCGACUCCAAAGAGACGUGCCCGAGCCGCACGCGUGAACCCCUGUGUCAAAGCCGAGCCGCGCCUGCGCCAAGCCGAGCCGGUCCCUGUCCUCUUCCAGCCGAGCCGCCAAGACCAAUUUGGCUCCAUCCACCUACAUUUUGGGCGUCUUGGACCGAGUGACCGGUGCGGCGAGAGACUCUCUUCAGUAGGGACUCAUCCACUGCAACCUUUUCUGGGGAUCCCGUUGCUUGGAAAGCACACGUGUCUUGCGGUUAGGACUCGUCGGGUGAAUCUCCAGGGAGAAUGCCGCCACGUAGAGGUGCACGCCGAGGAGGUGGUAGGGGAGGCAGAGGUGCCGGUCGUGGCCAGCCGGAGGCGCCACCUGCUGCACCGGCAGUCGACCCAAAUGCACCGGUCACCCAGGCGGAUCUCGCCGCGAUGGAGCGGCGCUAUCAGGACAUGCUGCAAGCUGCUUUGGCGCCUUUCCUAGCCGCCCAGCAGAACCAGGCCGCCCAGCAGAACCAGGCCGCCCCUGCUCAGGCCCAAGCCG